CAGAGCAGAAAGUCGCACUGUAGAAAGUGUGUCAUUAGUGAAGCGAGCGUUAGGACGCGCGGCUACAGGAGCGUUUGUGCUCUGAGCGCCGACCGGGAAUAAGGUGUAGAAAUGACUAGAAAUGACUAGAAAUGACUAGAAAUGGAGCUGUUUGGGCGGAACAGAUGUCAGCAGCGGCUGAGUUUGUGUUGGGUUUUGUUUCUUCCAGUUGUUUUCUGUUUCAGUGAGUUGUCUUUUGUAACUGAACCCAAUGACAAGAGGGCAGCUCAGGACGAUCAGGUAGUGAUGGACUGUUUGGCACAAGGAGAACCACCCGUCGACGUCCGGUGGUUGAAAGACGGGGCCGGAGUUCUAGAGAGCGAUCGUAUUCGUUUCUUACCUAACGGAUCUCUGUAUAUGUCAUCUGUAAGCAGAGGAAUAGAACAAUCAGACGAAGGCUUGUAUCAGUGCCUCGCUCGCAACAAAUAUGGAGCCAUCCUAAGCCAAAAAGCUCACCUUACAAUCUCAAGUAUCCCAUCCUUUGUGACUCCGCCCUCUCCUGUGGUAGUUAAUCAGGGUUCUGUUGCCAGGUUUGUCUGCAGUGUCAAUGCCGAUCCACCGGCGACAAUCACAUGGGAGGUGAACCAAAAACGUCUGCCUCUGGACACAGAGAGAAUUGCCGUGUUGCCAAAUGGAGUUUUGCAGAUCCAUGAGGUUAAAAUGGAGGAUGUUGGGCUUUACCGCUGUGUCGCCUCCAACACUGCAAGUCAGCUAAGAAGCAGAGAGGCUCUGCUUUCUGUCAACCCAGUGUCUGGACCCAGACCACUCAUGAAGCCCCAGAUCAUUGCAGGACCCCAGAACAUCAGCGCCAGUCUGCACCAGACUGCUGUUCUCGAAUGUGUAGCGGAGGGCAACCCUCGCCCCCUGGUGUCUUGGAGCAGGGCAGACUCUAAGCCCAUAGAUGUGUUUGGGGUUAAAGUGAUGGGAAAUGGGAAUCUGGUCAUUUCUAACGUAAAAGCCCAUCACAGUGGAGUUUACGUGUGUAGAGCAACAACACCACGCACACGUAACUACACCACUGCUGCUGCAAACCUAACUGUGCUUGUGCCUCCAUCGAUGGUAGAGAAGCCCGAGAGUCAGACACGGCCCAGGGCCGGCACAGCUCGCUUUAGCUGCCAGGCAGAGGGAAUGCCAGCUCCCCGCAUCAAGUGGCUGAAAAACGGGGAAGCUGUCCAGUCCAACGGCAGGAUUAAAAUGUACAACAGUAAAUUGGUGAUAACCCAGAUCAUUCCCGAGGACGACGCUAUCUACCAGUGCCAGGCUGAGAACUCCCAGGGCUCAGUUCUGUCCAUGGCAAGGCUGAUUGUGGUUAUGUCAGAGGAUCGUCCCGGCGCUCCCCGAAACGUUCAUGCUGAAACCAUCUCCAGCUCUGCCAUCUUACUGGCCUGGGAGAGGCCUCAGUACAAUGCAGAUAAAAUCAUCGCCUACUCCGUGCACUACAUGAAGGCAGAAGGUCUGAAUAACGAAGAGUACCAAGCAGUGAUCGGAAAUGACACGACUAGCCACAUUGUGGACGAUCUGGAGCCGGCGUGUAAUUACACGUUUUAUAUAGUGGCUUACAUGCCCGUGGGCGCCAGCCGUAUGUCCGAGCAAGUGACCCGACCCACGCUGGAGGACGUGCCCAUCCGUACCCCUGAGUUAAGCCUUACCAGCCGAAGUCCUACUGAUAUUCUGGUGUCCUGGCAGCCUCUUCCUGCCAAGCUAAGUCGUGGACGUGUCGCUGCCUACCGCCUGUCCUUCCGCACUGCCGCUGAUGAAAACGUGAGCUCAGUCCAGCUGCCUGGAAAUGGUGAGAACUCCACACAGUACCUGCUUCAGGACCUUCUGCCUGACACCAUCUACCUGCUGCGUAUCGAGGUGUCCACGCGUGUGGGCUGGAGCCAGCCGUCGGCCUGGAGCUCUCACCGCACGCCCAAAACCUCCAAGGCCACAGUACCCUCUGCCCCUUAUCUGGAGUUGGAGCCCUUUAACUGCACUUCAGUUUCUGUACGCUGGCAUCCUGCACCCGGUGAUGCCGUCAUCCAGGGUUACAAACUCUCCUGGCAUCCCGAUGGCCAAUCAGAAAGCUCGACCGUUCGGCUCCGCACUCAGGACUACCAACAUACGAUUGCAGCACUCGAUCCAAGGAGAAAAUAUCACGUGAAGCUCCUAGCUUUCAGUGCUCACGGUGAUGGCUAUCAAGCACAUCAGAUUGUCAGCACCACCGGCUGUCCUUCUUCUCCAAACAGGAGGUUGGCCACAUUGCCUGCUCCGGACCACGUCCACGGUCAGACCAACAGCUCCUCGUCGGUCAGCCUCAGCUGGGGAAGACCUGCCUUCAGUUCUGGAAAAUCAGUCAGCUAUACUGUUCGCUAUGGCCCUGUGGCUCCGUACAACGCUUCAGCUGUGCGCUAUCUCCAAACGAAUGAACAAACAGGAAUGGUGGAGAGACUGAUGUCUAAUACACGGUACGAGUUUGCUGUACGUUUACACAUGGACCACAUGUCCAGUCCCUGGAGCUCUCCCGUAUACCUGAGAACUCUUCUGGAAGCUCCAUCGUCUCCUCCUCUGGGUGUGAGAGCCACUCUGAUAGAAGAAGACACAGCAUUGGUGUCUUGGAGGGAGCCAGAACAGCCCAACCUGACCGUGAGCCAUUACACCAUACUCUAUGCCCCGCAGAGAGCAUGGCUAGCAGGACACUGGCAGGUCCUACAGAGAGAAGGAAGCAAUACUAUGGCUCUGUUAGAGAAGCUGCAGCCUGGUAAUGUUUACCUGGUGAAGAUCUCAGCCUCAAACCAAGCAGGUGACGGCCCUUUCUCUGUCACCGUGGAACUUCCCGUGCUGAGGGGGAAAACUCACCCGGGCAAAAACCCUCGCCAUACCUACAGCCAGACUAAAACUAUAGGUGGUGUUUAUCAUUUCGACGAGAAAUCUAUGACUGGGAUCACGAUCGGUGUGUGUAUCGCUUUGGCCUGCAUUAUCACCUGCAUCUUCAUCCUCAUCACUAAAAGCAAAACACGUAGAAAUUCUUCCCCCUCGAAAAUGAAUGGACAAAUGAGCGAUGAGGUUAUUCAUAACAUUGCGCCGCAAGCCAAUCACCUGCAGCCGGAGAACGUGGAGGUUUUGGUACCGAUGAUGAGAAAUCACUACGUCGACUCCAAGGGCGGAGCAGCUCUGAUUAUAAAUCGUGACGGUCCCAUCGUCGGUAGCACACAGGACUGUCGGGCGAAGAAGUGGAACAUUUUCAGAUGUGCAGAAAAACACACUCCGAAAAAUAUCCAGGCGGUGGAGCGAGGGUGUUUCUACGAGGUGGGGAAGAUGGUGUUGCAGUACGAGCAGGAGCACGGCGGCACAUCUCUCCAGCCCUCCUCGUUACAGGUCUUCUAUCGACCACUCGGGGAAUCUGAGAGCUCUCAGAGCAGCGAGAACAGCGGAGAAACGGGAGAUUCCGGAAACUUCUCCCAGGACGAGACCGAACCGAACGGCUCCGACGAACGCGGCGAAGAAGAAGAAAAAAGGAAAAACGUCUCGGAGAACGUCGGCGACGGAUCGGACGUCGCUGUAAAAAUCUGUCCACACGUUUCAUCGUGAACCGACUUCGCUUUUACUUCCCUCACUUAAUCCCAGCUGCCUUUCUCAAGCACACUACACAGCCAGCGAUGAAACAUCUCUGCACGCUCUCCAUCUCAGGUUAUGCCGCUCAUCAGCAGAGUUCUCUUUAUGUGCCAAGGAGUUUCUCUCAGACGUGCGACGACGACGACAGUCUCAUCGAUGCCUUGAAAACUUUCUCUGAUCUGUUCACGAAGCCUCCAGACGACUUCACAGAGACUUCACAGAGCAGUGGAUCUGAUUAUACCUAACAAAUGUACUUCCUACUAUCUUUGUCUUCUUCUGUUUGAUCAGAAGGAAACAUGCCUCACCAAAUGAUGAAUGUUUUUUAGGCUCUAGAAUCUUUCCAUUAUUUGUAAAUCCUCUUUACUCUCUACCUACCUCAGUUUUUCCCCCCAUACUCAACUCCUCUACUUACUGACUUGUAGUGUUAUUUAUUUUUAUAUACCUCGGGCUUUACGUCAUUUUAUCCGGAGCUGCUUCAGGGUCAAUUCGCAGCGACGUCCUCGCGCGCGGACAGACUGCCACCGGAGCCGUAAUACUUCGCUCCGGCUUGAUAUUUCUUCUCGUUAUUUUAUUUUCUAUCGCUUGCUUUUCUCAGUACUACCUCGUAAACAGUUGUGUUGUGUGAAUUAUUAGUGAAAAUAAUUUGCCACGUCGAUGAAGUUUUUAUUAACGGAUCAUAAGUGUGGUCCCUUUGCUUUUUGGUACUUUUAUUUAAGAUUUGACAGCUUUAAUAUUUUGUCGUAUUUCUUUCCGUCGCGAUCGGUUCAGGGAAUCGUUCGUAUACGUUUGUUUUCCGUGGCGGGUUUUAGGUUCGGUGCGAUUCGGUAGUACUUAUUUUUUUAUUUCGAAUCUCUUGAUUUCGGAGUGAUGAGUAAAGAAAUGACCAAAAAAAAUAGACGCACGUGUUUUAUGUGCAUCAAACUUUGAAAGCUUUAAAACCCAAUGGCCUUAUGGUGCAGGGCCAUUUCGCAAUAUAUAAAUAUAUAAAAGAUCCAAAGAAUGAAUGAGUGAUUUCAGGUAAGUUGUAUAAUGAUACCAAAAAAAUACUGUUACUGCCAAAGAUAUCUAAUUCUAUAUUUCUGUAUAUGUAUAUGUAAGUGCCACAAAGAAUACAAUAGCCAAAAAGUUUUAGUUUUAGUGUUUAUCUCUUAUGACGCCUCUUUUUUUUUUUAAAUAAAUGAUGACCUUACUUUUGUAGAAUGUAGAUGACCAGCAGUGGUGACAGAUGCUAUUAUCCAAAGAGUUGUUUACUUCUUUCGAUCGGGUUGGACACAAACAGGCCGGAUAACAUUGUGAUUCUACCGUACGUCUUCCUCGUGACUUAAAGCCUGUCAGACUGUGUGAUUUUCGGUAACGAUCAAUUGUUUAAACACCCCUCUACUCAUGAGGGCAACUUUACAAUGUUCACUGUACAGUAGCUUCAUGAGGAGGCACCUGAGAAGCUCUUCCAGCACCUGGGAGAAGACAUUUCAGCACGUGUCGGAUUGCUUCAUUUCUAAAUAUCCACACCUUUUAGAUAAGAAUAUCGAGGUGCCAGGGGUGUUCAAACUUUUGACUGGUCCUGUCAGUAUGUCGUAUGUUAAAUUCAGGAUAUGCGAGGUAACAUUUGGUUUCAUAUGCUGGUGCGACGUUUAAUCAAACCGUUUGGAGACGACCCUUUUGCGUGAAGUGCAACAAAAUCACUUUUCUAUGUUUUUACUAGACAAAUAAUCGAUACCAAAGAGUGUUAAAGUCGCCCUAGCGUACUGAAUAGCGAUUAAUACACUCAUAAAAAACGCAUCUUGUUUUGACUACUGCAACCAUUUCCGUUAGAAAGUCCGUUUCAGGUAGCGCUUUGCUAUAUUUAGCAUGCCAUGUUUAAGAUGGAAAUCUGUCUGAAUGUGAUUAUAAUGCUGAAUGGAUCGAUUCAACAGGAAACACAAGGGGUGCUCGAAUGUCUCGCUUUAUUUGGAUUAGUAUUUUAUUAUAGUUUAUUUGUGUUGGCCGGUCCUGACAGACCUACAGAUCGACAAGGACAGAUCGCCUGCCCUUUAUUCAGUAACUAUAUCAUUUCUUCUGAAGCGUUAUAUCCAUAAAAUGCUAAAAAAAAAAAAUGCAGUUUGUAUUUUUUCUUCCUUUGUUCUAGAUGCAAAGUAUAAUUUCUUUACUCGAACAGUUUAAUCCGAUUAUGUCACCGGUUUUAAAUGCAGUGUACAGAAAACUAUCUUUGUUUUUGUGUUUGCUUUCCCCAAAGUGUUACCAGCACCAACAAUAAUAAUAUGCUGCUUUCCCAUUUUUAUACAUGCCAAAGGUGGUCAGAACAAUACAGUGCAGUUUAAUAAAUAUAAUUCUGAAACUUU